AUGCAGCUCAUGCAGAUAGAACCCGGCAAAGCUGCAGCGGCUGCGCUCAGACUGGAUGCCACAAUAUGCACCUUCCUAGUACUAGACAGAAUUCCGGAAGCAGCCCUGGAUUACGCCACGGACCUGCUGAGCUGGACCACAAGCAACCUGAGCGACGCCCAGUUCAAAGACGAGGUUUCGCUGGAGACAUUCAAGAGUCUGUUGAACGUGGCACUGCAAUACGAUGAAGACCAUCAUCUGGAGUACGUGGCCAUCCUGGUACAUUACCUCCAAGACCCAGAGUUCCAGCAAAGGAUAGCAACACCGAAACUUCUCGACGAUCUUGUCACCCUGAUGCUGGAGUUUGAGGCCCGAUUGGAGCCAGAGGACAUCGAAGCCGUCUUCCAGGAACUCGCGACAAGCAAAAACGCGGAAACCACCACAUCGGACGAGGCGCAGGUUCUUCUGAUGGCUCAACUCAUUGGGCUGCUAUCUGCCGCUUCAGCAACAGAUGUGUUUGCACGGAGCUUCAACGUCAGAAGUCCUGUUAUCGAGAGGCUGGAAGCAAAGCUCCGCGCACCUUGGGAGAGCGCAUACCCAUCUACAAUAUGCGCUUGUGUCAUGGUCGGAAAUCUGGCCAUGUCUGAUGAGGUUUGCAUAGACAUGGUCAAGAUCAUGGAACUUCACGUUCGAUUGAUUGUGAUUCUCAAGAAGAGCACUAAGCCUGCCCUUCUUUAUGCUGCAGCUGGUUUCAUGCGGCAUCUUACGUUUCCAGAGGCUAACAGGGCUUUGCUUGCAGAUGCCGGACUCAUGGAAGCGUGUUGUCGCAUGCUCGUACUGGACGAUCCUUCAGUCCGUGGCGAGGCAGCGGCUAUGCUAUGCAAACUCGUCACCGGCAACUUCUACAACAUCGAAAAGGUCAUGUACGAGACUGUCGGCCCGGACACAGAAGCCAUCGACCCAGACAUCUCAGCCGACACCGUAAUCUUCUCCCACAUUGUCGAGCAAGCCCUCGCUCCGUCCGCACCAUUACCAAGCACUACCAUGAAGAACCCAAUGAUCGAGCUUGGUCGCACCAUCGUCGCCAUGCUGCGAUAUCUCGGACGGCCCAACGCCGAAAAAGAUGUUGAAGCAGUGCAAAUACAGAUCUUACAAGUACCCCAGAUAGCCAAGCCGAUCGCCCAACUCGUACGGCAGCGUUUCUACCCCGAAGCCCGAUCCGAAGGACUACUCGGCCUAGGCCUACUCGCCCAAACACUUGAGGGCGCUGCAGCCAUUGCCGAAGAGAUAAAAGAGGACAGCGGCCUCCUCGAAACAAUCAAAGAGCACGCCAACGCAACAGAAGCAGGUCUCGCGCAGCAAUCCCCAUCAACAGCUAGCCGAGACCACCAAAACGCGAUUGUGCUGCUCCAGGCGCUGCAGAACAAUGCGGUAAGAGAACUCCAAGAAGCCGUCGGGGAAGUACUAAGGACUUCCAGACUGACCAAAUGGACGCAAUACUCUCGCAUUAGACAGUCUCUGUCUAAGCACCAAGGGCGUCGCUCUUCUGGCGACAUCAGCACACUGGGUAGCCCUGGAGGCGCCUCGCCGGGGAGAGUCAGAGAGCUGGCUCGCAGGGCUACUACGGAUGCGCCUAGCAUGUCGCCGGGGAGGGCUAGGGGCUCUACGCUUGCAAGUGAGACCAAUUCAGAUGAGCGGCCACGGACUCCUGUGAGGGUUCGGGAGGUUAUUGGUGAAAUUGAAGAGGUGUCUCCGAAGACAAUGGUCAAGGAGUCACCGGCGAGGGAACGGUUAAAGGGUAAAGGCAUGAAGCGGACCAAUACGGCGCCGCAAUGA